UAUCUCCUUCCAUGACUUUUGUUUGUUUAGCUUUUCUUGUUUUAGCUGUCAUCGUAAACUAACUUACUGUUUCCCCUUUCUCAUCUCCUCUUGCGAUUCAUGUCUCUCAUCUUCUCUUGUUUUGCUUCUCUUCCCCAACAACUUCCAAAUGAGGUACAUGCAAGAAGCAUCAGAAUCGGAGGGGUUGAGAAGGUGAAAAAUCUGAUUGCAAGAAGUGGAAUACCUGCAACCAUCACCUCUCCACUGGAUUCCCUCCAAAAGGGCAAUUGGGUUAAACUCAUUUGCGGUGCUAGCUUUGAGGAUGUGGUUGACAUCAGAAAUCUUUCUCUGGUUUACACUCUUGCUGGAGUCGAUUGCAUUGAUUGUGCUGCUGAGGCAUCGGUUGUCAAUGCCGUGAACGACGGAAUUGAAGCAGCCAGAGGUAUCAUUCCGAUUCGGAGGCCUUGGGUGAUGAUCAGUGUCAAUGAUAAUGAAGAUCUCCAUUUUCGUAAAGCUGAGUUCGAUCCAGAUGAUUGCCCAACGGAUUGCUCAAGGCCGUGUGAGAAUGUCUGUCCAGCUGAUGCAAUCUCACAUUCAGGCAAAGCUGGUGUAUCCAAGGAGGGUGGGGUCUUAGCUGAACGAUGCUAUGGCUGUGGCCGCUGCUUACCUGUUUGCCCUUACGAUAAAAUAAGAGCCAUUACAUACAUACGGGAUGUUGGUGCUACAGCGCAACUUCUUAAACAGGACGACGUUGAUGCCAUUGAAAUUCACACCAGCGGAAGGCAGGCAGAGUCUUUCCAGCAACUUUGGAAUGGUUUGGGAGAUUCGAUCAAUAAGCUGAGGCUUGUAGCAGUUAGCUUACCUGAUAUGGGAGAGUUAACUGUACCUGCAAUGAAAUCUAUGUAUGCGACAAUGAAACUCAACCAGCAAUGCCUGAAUUUAUGGCAGUUGGAUGGCCGGCCAAUGAGUGGAGAUAUUGGACGAGGCGCGACAAGGGAAGCAAUCAAAUUCGCUCUACAUUUAGCCUCUGCCAAAGACAAGCCCAAAGGUUUUCUUCAAUUAGCGGGUGGUACCAAUGCUCAUACGGUAGAGGGGUUGAAAAGGGAGAGGUUAUUUCAAACCACCUCCAUAUCUGAGAAAUCAAACGGGGAAGAGGCGCCUUUGAACUCGUUAGAGCCAUCACACGCUUUGAUCAGUGGAGUAGCUUUUGGUGGCUAUGCACGAAAAAUAGUCGGCCGGGUUCUACGUUGUUUGCAAUCGGAGCACGGUUAUGCCCGUCUUGAAGAUUGCCCUCAUCAUCUUCUCGACGCCGUUAUACAAGCUCUUGCUUUAGUUGGGACCGUUAAACGCUAUAAUGAAAGAUAGUCCAGAAAUGCCAAGGCGCACUCUGAUUCAGACAAUACAAGCCUUGAGUUCAAAGAAUAGAAGCCCCACAAGAAAGUUCGUAUAAAGAUAAAUGCAAGGAAAUGAACUGGAACAAAUGACCAGAGAAAGUAUCACACGUUGAAUGUAAGAAUAUAUGUACUGCACUGGGAUAGCCAGCUGGUAAAUGCAUUGCUAGCAGUUUAUUGGUAUCUGAUGUUGGGCCUGUGGGCCCAUGUGGGAAAGGCCCAUUAAGAUCUCUAGCUGUAUGGGCCUUCACACACUCAUGGGCCUAACCCAAACUCACAAUAUAAAAGGCUGUAAUUGGAUAGUUAUAUAUGUAGGUUAAAUGCUAUAUUUGGUUUCUUAA